CUUUUUUUUCUUCAUAUUUUUAUAUUAAGGCGUUUGUUGGCUGUACUGAUUUGGAUAAAAUCAAAAAUGUAUUAUUACGGGACGGACCGUGGGAAGUACACGCACGUUAUGUAAAACAAUGUAAAUAAAUCAUCAAAAUUUAGUUGCAAUGUUGAAAAGGUUGCACUGGAUUUUGUUAUUUACGUGUGGAACGUUUACCUACAUAGCUUUGUAUUUAGCAUACCAUGUUAGUUGGCACUGUCUUUUAAAUGAUAUUGAGUGUGUUUUCGAAGACCUUACCAAAGUCAAUAUAACAUUGCCCUUGCGGAAGAAUUCAACUUGCAGCGAACGGGCCACAUCGCGUGGUAGAAACCAGAAAGUAAUCUCUUAUUGUUUUUAUGGGUCGUAUAAAAGUCCCAGGAAAUAUUUUGAAGGCAUCACUAAAAAUGCUGCUCUCAUCGAAAAGUACUACCCAGGCUGGGUAAUGAGGGUUUACUCCAACACUACUAUGUUGCCAGCUAUGGUACACAUUCAAGAAAACUUUUCACACGUGGACUUCUGUCUUAUUAACAACAUUGAAGAUCAUGGAAACCUGGAAGGUUUUAUUUUGUUGAAAUACAAGUCACUCGACCUGCAAAGGGAUUUCUCCUGGGAAUGAUGUUGAGAGACAUACGGUAUGUUGUGGAGGUUUCUCCCCAUGAGUGACCCCUCGGUGGAUGUUUUUAUGAGCAGAGAUCUCGACAGCCUUAUAAUUCCACGUGAGCUGGCAGCCGUCAAUGAAUGGCUCAACUCAAACAAGACAUUUCACAUAAUGAGAGAUCACCCACAACACAAUUUCGAAAUGCUGGGAGGUAUGUGGGGAGCAAGGCUAUCUGUUAAUCGCACCUUGUUCCAAGACCUUCUUGUGAAAAUGUUGAAUCUCGGCAGUGGGAAACAUCUCUACAAGGGCCUUGAUCAGCUGCUGCUAAGGAAAAUUGUUUGGCCACACACAGACGGUGGCUGUAUCUUGCAUGACAGUUAUCAGUGUGAAGAUUCAAAGCUGAGGCAUGAAACGUGGAGACCUUGGCCCUCAGAGAGAGAGAAGUUCCAGUUUGUCGGCGCCGCGAAACCCGAUCAAGUGGUGAGCGCGGAGUGCCCUAAGUCGUGCCGCAAACAGGAGAACUGGACUUACUGCUGACAGUUCGUCAACUGUUGUAACCUCGUCGAUGACCCCUGAUUGCGUUUCAGUGAAUUACAGUACAGUAGAGUCUCAAUUAUCCUCUCUAAUCAAGUUGAGCGAUGCCGUGGAUAAUCUGCUAGUUACGUACAUACUGCCUUACAGAGCAUUUAAAACUCAUACUGUUUAAAUGUUUAUUAUGGUCGUUUAGUGGUUUCUUACCAAAACAGACUAUUUGUUAAAGAAUCAAAUUUUAUUUAAGUGCACAUCUUCCAAACAAAUUGAUCCUUUAGAAGGGUGUAUACAAUGUUUCGUGACUGAAGGGAGCAUAAACACAGUCGUCUCAAACUUAAAGCGAGUAGCUUGCUAAAAAUGAUGUGCCUUAUAAUAACUUAUUGCAAGAAAAUUAUUUUAUUGUAAUUUAUUUUGUUUGUUACAUAUCAUCCAAACAAAAUACCACGGGAGUGCAUUUGCAGUGUCUUUUUUCACAAAGUAGAAAAGAAAAGUAUAUGCACCAUUUGACAAUUGAGGUUUAGCAAAAUGUGGGCCAAGUCUAUUUUCAGUAGCUUGUAGAAUGAUUGUAAAUUAAUUUUUUUAUUUAAAUAUUUUAGUAGAAGUUUUCCUAUAAAACUUUAUCUGAUUUUUGGCAACCCGUCAUUGCAAAGACCAUUUUCAGUAACUUUUUGAAAAUAAAAAUAUUAUCAAAAUAUGAAAUAAUUUUCUGAGAGAAUGUCUUCCAAACAAAAGUUUACCAACGACUUGUUAUCGUAUCUUGUUAUCAACGGGCAACACACAAGUUUUAUUAGUGCAUCUGUCAAGUUCAUUUCCCAUAGCUUCUUACAGUGGAAUUGAAGAAGUGAUGCUACUUAAAUCUUUAAUUGAUUUUUUUAUUUUUUUAUUUUUGAUAUACUGAGGUGUAACUUCAUCAGUUUUCAUUACUCUUUCGUCCAUUUUUGCUGGGAUCUUGGGGAUCAAAUAAGCUUAGUCUACAUUCCUGUAGGUACCUACCACGAAUAAGCAACAAAGUGGAUAAUCGAGAGUCAACUGCAGUUUCUCCUCAGCUAUUUGCCUAUAACCAGAGAGAAGGACUAUCUUAUUUUUUGUUAGAUAAACUUUAUUCUCUGUAUAAAUUUAUUUUUUUAAUAAAAUUUUUUUUUUCCAA